AUAGGAGGCGCGCUGGCUGGAGAGUAAUGUUACAGAGCGGAGAGUGUGAGGAGGCUGCGUCUGGCUCCCGCUCUCACAGCCAUUGCAGUACAUUGAGCUCCAUAGAGACAGCGCCGGGGCAAGUGCGAGCCGGACGGGCACUAGACGACUCUGUGCUCGCUGAGGAAAAGUAAUUAAACAUGGGCAAAGGAGAUCCUAAGAAGCCGAGAGGCAAAAUGUCAUCAUAUGCUUUCUUUGUGCAAACUUGCCGGGAGGAGCACAAGAAGAAGCACCCAGAUGCUUCAGUCAACUUCUCAGAGUUUUCUAAGAAGUGCUCAGAGAGGUGGAAGACCAUGUCUGCUAAAGAGAAAGGAAAAUUUGAAGACAUGGCAAAGGCGGACAAGGCCCGUUAUGAAAGAGAAAUGAAAACUUAUAUUCCUCCUAAAGGGGAAACAAAAAAGAAGUUCAAGGAUCCCAAUGCACCCAAGAGGCCUCCUUCGGCCUUUUUCUUGUUUUGUUCUGAGUAUCGCCCCAAAAUCAAAGGAGAGCAUCCCGGCCUAUCCAUUGGUGAUGUUGCAAAGAAGCUGGGAGAGAUGUGGAACAACACUGCUGCAGAUGACAAGCAGCCUUAUGAAAAGAAGGCUGCUAAGCUGAAGGAGAAAUACGAAAAGGAUAUUGCUGCAUACCGAGCUAAAGGAAAGCCUGAUGCUGCAAAAAAGGGAGUUGUCAAGGCUGAAAAAAGCAAGAAAAAGAAGGAGGAGGAGGAAGAUGAAGAGGAUGAGGAAGAUGAGGAAGAGGAGGAAGACGAAGAAGAUGAAGAUGAAGAAGAAGAUGAUGAUGAUGAAUAAGUUGGUUCUAGCGCAGUUUUUUUUUCUUGUCUAUAAAGCAUUUAACCCCCCUGUACACAACUCACUCCUUUUAAAGAAAAAAAUUGAAAUGUAAGGCUGUGUAAGAUUUGUUUUUAAACUGUACAGUGUCUUUUUUUGUAUAGUUAACACACUACCGAAUGUGUCUUUAGAUAGCCCUGUCCUGGUGGUAUUUUCAAUAGCCACUAACCUUGCCUGGUACAGUAUGGGGGUUGUAAAUUGGCAUGGAAGUUUAAAGCAGGUUCUUGUUGGUGCACAGCACAAAUUUAGUUAUAUAUGGGGAUGGUAGUUUUUUCAUCUUCAGUUGUCUCUGAUGCAGCUUAUACAAAAUAAUUGUUGUUCUGUUAACUGAAUACCACUCUGUAAUUGCAAAAGAAAAAGUUGCAGCUGUUUUGUUGACAUUCUGAAUGCUUCUAAGUAAAUACAAUUUUUUUUAUUAGUAUUGUUGUCCUUUUCAUAGGUCUGAAAUUUUUUUUCUUGAGGGGAAGCUAGUCUUUUGCCCAUUUUGGAUCAUGGUUUAUUACAGUGUUUGUCUUUUCAUAUAAUUAGUUGAUAAAAAGCUUUUGUCUACACAUCCUGCAUACUUGUGAUGAGGGUAAUAAGAGCUGAAUUGAGACAGUUUUCAUCCAUAAGUGAAACUCUAAAAUUGUGAUCAGUUGGUAUCAAAUUUCACAUAGCCCAGUUACAUUUACAAAGUGAAAAGUAACCACUCUACUCACAGCAUGGGAUUAGAAUCAAACAUUUUGAAAGUCUGUCCUUGAAAGAGUAGUAGAAAAGUAUGUUCUAAUCUUUUCGUGAGGACUCUACAUUUUUAAACUCCCAUUACCAUGUAAUGGCAUUAUAUUUGCAGUUCCUACAUUAAAGAAGACCUGAGAAUGUAUCCCCAAAAGCGUGCGUUUAAAAUACAAGACUGCCACAUGAAGUUUUUUGUUGACAUUAGUCCUGGCAAAGCCUCUGGGAAAAAAAUGCUGGCUGUAAAUGUCUUCUAUUUAAAUAUGGAUGGCUUAGGAAACAAGACUCCAUUAAAGGUAUUUUUAAUUAAUUUAAAAUCAGGUAUAUUUUCCAAAUUAUUUGCCCCUUUAUAAACCAAGUAGAUAAUGAGGGAAGACGACACUUUAUAUCACAGUAUGAAUUGUCCAAUUUAUUUGAAUUUGAUUUUUCCUUGUAAAACUCAAAACUCAUUAGGGUCAUAAUGUUUAUCCACUUAGCCAUUUAGGAAAUGAUUUGGCAGUUUUUGUGGUUUUUGACAUUCUUACAGUGCCAGUGUUUUAAAAUAGCAUUCUUGUAAUUUUACACGCUUUUGUGACAGAGUGCUGUUUUGUUAUAUAAUUUGACGUGGACCUUUCCAUUUGCAUUUGUUUAUGUAAUUUCAGGAGGAAUACUGAACAUCUUGAGUCCUGGAUGAUACUAAUAAACUAAUAAUUGCAGAGGUUUUAAA